AUGCCAAAAACCUCAAGAUAAUACGUUAUGAAUUUUAUUCUCAUGGCUCUCUCGAUUCUUAAAGUCCCUAUUCUCUUCUUCUUUAUCUUCACAUCCAUUCCUUCCAUCUCUUCUCAUCCUUUCAACCCUCUAUCUCCACUUGAGAUUCAAACCGUCACCUCCACAAUAAAAUCCAAAUUCAACAACAUCAACCGUGCCCUCACUUUUCACUACGUCGGCGUCGACGAGCCAAACAAACCCGCUGUCCUCUCAUGGCUCGCGAAUCCACGUUCCCCACCUCCGCCACGUCAAGCUUUUGUCGUCGUACGAGCAAACAAGCAAACUCACGAGUUUGUCGUGAGCCUAGCCAAUGGCAAAGGCUCAAUAAUAUCGGAGCAUGUGUACCAAGGUACGGGUUUUCCAACACUAACCCUAGAAGAACAGUCAGAAGCGAUUGAGUUAUCGCUCAAACACCCACCUUUGAUCAAGUCAAUUGAGAAAAGAGGGUUGAAUUUUUCGGAUGUUGUGGGGUCUGUUUUUACAAUUGGGUGGUACGGACAGGCCCAAAGUGAGACGAAAAGGGUUGUGAAGGUGUUGUUUUUCUAUAAGGAAUCAACGGUGAAUGUUUGGUUGAGGCCAAUUGAGGGUGUUGAAACGACGGUGGAUCUUGAUGAUAUGGUGUUGACGGAAUUUCAAGACCUUCAAGUUUCUGUUAUGCCUAAGAGUGAGGGAACGGAGUACCAAGCUUCUACUAUGCGGCCGCCGUUCGUGGCGGCGACUAACCGGAUUGAUGUUCAUCAGCCGCUUGGUCCUAGCUUUGUGGUUGGAGGACACACUGUCAGUUGGGCGAAUUGGAAUUUUCACCUAAGCUUCGACAUGCGAGUGGGAGUCAUAAUAUCAACGGCGUCUAUAUACGACAUCGACCAACAGAAAAAACGACAAGUUCUAUACCGAGGCCACAUCUCAGAGCUAUUCGUACCGUACCAAGAUCCGACAGUGGAGUGGUAUUACCGAACGUUUAUGGACGCUGGAGAAUUUGGGAUGGGGUCGUCAGCGGUGGCGCUCAAGCCCUUCCACGACUGUCCUCCUAAUGCCGUGUUCUUCGACGCCUUCCAUGGCGGCCAAGAUGGAAAGCCGGUGAAGUUGGAGAAUGCGUAUUGUAUGUUUGAGAAAUAUGCCGGAGACAUUGCUUGGCGCCACACUGAGAGUGUAAUUCCUGGAGAAUUGAUAAGAGAAGUGAGGCGGGAGGUGAGCUUGGUGAUAAGGACAAUAACGGUGAUUGGGAACUAUGAUUACAUAUUGGAUUGGGAGCUCAAAAAAUGUGGCACCAUCAAACUUUCGGUGAGUUUAACAGGAAUCAUGGAAGGAAAAACGACACCGUACAAGCACGAAAGCGAGGUAAAUGAGGAAAUCUAUGGCCUACUAGUAGCCCCAAACACAAUUGGCAUAAACCACGACCAUUUCAUAACAUAUUAUCUAGAUCUGGACAUCGACGGCCAGGAAAAUUCCUUUGUUAAAACUAAAUUGAAGAGUUUUAAAACCGACGGCUCGACGCCGAGGAAGAGCUACUGGUCGGUGGUGAAGGAAGAGAUAGAGAAGGAGCUCGAUGCUAGACUCCAACUGACCGAACCAAUGGAGUUGCACAUUGUGAACCCAAAUAAGAAAACUGCAGUGGGGAACAAAGUCGGGUAUCGUUUAAUUCCGGGACCGAUGGCUAUUCCUUUGCUUUCAGAGGAUGAUUAUCCACAAAUUCGAGGAUCACUUUGUGAUUAUGAUAUAUGGGUUACACCUUAUAAUCAAUCUGAAAAAUGGGCUGGUGGCAUGUACGUCGAUCGUGGACAUGGUGACAAGACCCUUACAUUUUUAACACAACGGAAUAGGGACAUCAACAACAAGGAUAUUGUGUUGUGGCACACAAUAGGGUUCCACCAUCAUCCAAGUCAAGAUGAAUUUCCAAUAAUGCCCACUCUCACUGGAGGCUUCGAACUUCGACCUACAAAUUUCUUUGAAAGAAAUCCUAUUCUCAAAAUGAAGCCUCAAUAAAUGUAUUAAAUAAUCCUUCUCAAACCUCAAAACGACAUCCAAUUUCAUGUACUACUCUUGCGUUUUGAGGAAUUUCUAGCUACCCUUUCAUUUUCCUUUGUUAUAAUAAAUUAUCUAUUUUUGAGGAUAAUGAAUAUGAAAUCCAGAUUAAUUAUCUCUA